GCCGACAGUCGAAACUUCACCGGUCACCCGUACUUCAAUAAUAGAAUCAAUUCCAUUUACAAAUAAUAACAGUAAUAAUAAAUUAAUCUAUUGCUCAUUUCCGGUACUCUAGUCUAAAUCGAUACAAACAUUAACAAGUUCACAACUUGGUAAAAGCUAUGGCUGCCGCCGGGAAGCUUAUGCAUGCUGUGCAGUAUGAUCAUUACGGCGGAGGAGCCGCAGCUUUGAAGCAUGUUGAAAUUCCUGUACCUACUCCUAAGAAUGGUGAAAUCUUGAUGAAGUUGGAAGCUGUAAGUAUAAAUCCGGUUGAUUGGAAAGUUCAAUCAGGUGUAUUGCGUCCGUUAUUUCCUCGCAAAUUUCCUCAUAUUCCCGUUAGUGAUAUAGCAGGAGAGGUAGUAGAAGUUGGUUCAGGUGUUCAAAGGUUCAAAGUUGGUGACAAAGUUGUGGCUACUGUCAGCAUUAGUGAUGGAGGUGGAUUGGCAGAGUAUGCCGUGGCCAAGGAGAGCUUGACCGCAAUAAGGCUGCCCGAAGUUUCAGCCGAGGAAGCUGCUGCCCUUCCCAUUGCCGCUCUUACAGCUCACGAAGCAUUGACCAGAAUUGACAGCUGCUUCCGGUGGUGUGGGCCACUACGCCGUCCAGCUGGCAAAACUGGGGAACGGGCACGUCACUGCCACUUGUGGGGCCCGGAACAUUGAUUUCGUGAAGAGUUUAGGGGCAGACGAGGUCCUUGACUACAAGACCCCAGAGGGAGCAGCCCUUGGUAGCCCUUCGGAAAAGAAGUACGACGCGAUCAUUCAUUGCACUACAGGGAUUCCAUGGUGUACUUUUGAGCGGAAUUUGAGUGAGAAUGGAAAGGUUGUUGACUUCACUCCGAGCCCAAAGGCACUCUUGACCUUUGCCAUCAAGAAGAUCACUUUCUCAAAGAAGCAGUUGGUGCCAAUGAUGGUGUCUGCGAAAGCUGAGAACUUGGCAUACCUUGUUGGGCUGGUGAAGGAGGCGAAGCUUAAGAGUGUGAUAGACUCGAAGUACCCCUUGAGCAAGGCCGAGGAUGCUUGGUCUAGGAGCAUCGAGGGAUAUGCUACGGGGAAGAUCAUUGUGGAACCAUAGUAAUGUCGCCGGUUAAAUUGAUGAUAUAUUGUUUGUUGCGUACUCGGGACUUGUGUUUAUGCCCUCACGAAUGAAGUGGGGCAAUACUACUACUGCAGAAUAUUUUGUAGACUUAUAGUUGUCGAUGAAACUCGCAAAUACAACAUUUAAAUAACAUCGAUUAUGAUUUUUGACUAACGCCACAAAAAUAAGUACUGAUGCAUGCCUUGUA